UUAUGUAAAAUACAUAUUUUUAAAAUUAGUUCAUCAAAUUGUUUUUAUUGACGUUCCGUUAUUUUUUUGCGGGGGGCGGCGUUUAAAUGCGUGUCGCGGACAGCUUCGUAUCGACGACUCUCUCGUGAACGGGAUAGUUUCGGUGUGUGCCGAAUCGAUAGUGGGUGCAUCAGCUGUUUCCCCGUACAUCUAUACUCCCCCCCCCUUCCUCUUUCCUCUCUCGCUCUCGCGCUAGCAAUGCACCUUUUGUAUCGCUACCUGUAUCCUCACGGCCAUAUUUAGGCGAGCAUACAAUAGGAAUGAGGACGUUUCGCGAUAAAUGAGGCCUUCCUCGAAUCUUCGCAGAUUUCUCCUUCUUCGACUGGUAGAGCCUGUGGAUCGCCGUCUACGAAGCAUGGCAUGGCACUGCAACGGCACUACGAAUCAAGAAAUGGUGAACAAGCUGAAAGAUGCUGGCAUCUUGGCAACGGACAAGGCAGAGGCUGCCAUGCUCGCUGUUGACAGAGCGAAGUAUUGUCACGAAUCGGAUCCUUAUCUUGACCGUCCUAGAAGAAUUGGUUACAACGUGACCAUCAGUGCCCCGCAUAUGCAUGCGUAUGCGUUAUCGAUUCUCUCGGAUCAGCUGAUCGACGGGGCCAGGGCGCUCGACGUCGGCUCAGGUUCGGGCUAUUUAUCCGCCUGCAUGGCCUUCAUGGUGGGCCCGCGCGGUCGCGUAAUCGGCGUCGAACAUAUCCCCGAACUCAUAGAAAUCUCCACUAGGAACGUGCGCGAGGACAAUCCACAUUUUCUUAAAGAAGGUCGCAUCAAAUUUGUCGUGGGAGAUGGCAGAUUGGGAUACGCCGUCGACGGUCCUUACAACGCUAUACACGUUGGAGCAGCGGCUGACACUUUACCACAAGAGUUGAUAGACCAACUUGCUCCUGGAGGUCGACUGAUCUGUCCGGUCGUGGCUAUAGAAGGUUUCCAAAGGUUUCAAGAUCUUCUGCAAGUGGAUAAGAGCACCGAUGGCACGGUUACGAAGAAAAAGCUGAUGCAAGUUUCUUACGUUCCGCUCACGGAUCCCUCUUCUCAGUUGCGUAACCAGAAUUUUUAGACCGAAUGUCCGAGAAGAGAACGCACGAGCACGCGCGCGAUUUAAAACAAAACAAAUUGCCCGUGAAAUCUCGUCAACAAAGAGGAUAUUCGAGAGAUGUUGUAAAUUAAAUUCAUUCGCAUCACUUAUAGAAAAAAAAAACAAAAAAAUACAAUUUUGUUUUCCAAUUGCAAAGACAUUUAUUUGCAUAAUAAUUAAACAUUUAAAUUAUAUAUUUAAAUUAUAUAUUUUGCAUAUACACACAAACACACACACGCAUGUGUGUGUAGUAAUAAUUUCCUUACACAUCCACUCUUUACGUCCACUAUUUAUAUUAUAAAAUAAUAAUGUUAUAUAUAUAUAGGAGUUGUGUACAAUCGCGACUGUUUGUCAUUGUGUGUGACUCGAUAUAAAUGUACAAUUUGUUAUCAGAAUUCUCUAUUUAAAAUAUUGCGAUACACAAAUGUACUCACUCUUUUAUUUUGUAAAUGUUACGAUUUAUACAUUGAAGUCUAAUUCUUGUGGCAACAAAAGAGAAAUAAAUAAAAACAUCUGUUUAUUUAA